AUGUUGCCGGUUCCUAGCUUGUCGACGCUGGCGACGCUGGCGCUUGGCGCAUCCGCCGUCGUUGCCCGGACUGUGCAGCCGCGCCAGCCCAACAUCGUCUUCAUCCUCACCGACGACCAGGACGAGCAGCUCGGCUCCAUCGACUACAUGCCCUACGUCCAGAAGCACUUUGUCAAGGAGGGCACCUACUACCGCAAACACUUCUGCACCAUCGCCAUCUGCUGCCCGUCUCGCGUCAGUUUGUUGACCGGCCAGGCGGCGCACAACACCAACGUUACUUACGUCACUCCUCCCCAUGGAGAGGCGGUUCCUAACGGCGCAAUAGGCGGCUAUCCCAAGUUUGUGUCCCAGGGCUACAAUGACAAGUAUCUUCCCGUCUGGCUCCAGGAUGCGGGAUACAACACCUAUUACACCGGCAAGCUCUUCAACUCCCACGACGUCGACAACUGGAACAACCCGUUCCCCAAGGGAUGGACCGGCAGCGACUACCGCUUCAUGGAAUGCUGCCCUCAUGCUGAUGUGCACGAACCAGUCCUCCUGGACCCCAACACCUAUCUCUACCUGAACGCCACGUUCCAGAGGAACCAGAGCCCGCCCCAGAGCUUCCCCGGCGAGUACAGCAACGACCUGGUGUCCGACCGGGCGUUGGGGUUCUUGGACGACGCCCUCAAGUACAACGGCAGCAAGCCCUUCUUCCUCGGCGUCGCGCCCAUCGGCCCCCACAACAACGGCCUCGGCGGCGAGACCAGCCCGGGCGCCACGCCGCCCAUCCCGGCAAAGAGGCACGAGAACCUCUUCUCCAACGUCACCGUGCCCCGGACGUACAACUUCAACCCCGACAAGCUGUGCCCUGCCUCCCUCGCGUGUCUUCCCGGUCCGGGUCGUAUCGAUCCAUCAUCUUCACUCCAAGUCUCUAACACGGCGCCCCAACAACAACAGCCCAGCAUGGCCAACUGGGGCCUCAUCAUCCCCCAGCUGAACGCCACCGAGGUGGCCUACGGCGACAACUACUACCGCCGCCGCCUCCAGACGCUGCAGUCCGUCGACGAGAUGGUCGACGCCAUCAUCGACCGCCUCGACCGCGCCGGCGUCCUCGACAACACGUACGUCAUCUUCACCUCGGACAACGGCUUCCACAUCGGCCAGCACCGCCUCAAGCCCGGCAAGACGUGCGCCAUCGAGGAGGACAUCAACGUGCCAUUCCUGAUCCGCGGGCCCGGCGUGCCCAAGGGGAAGACGGUCGACUUCGUCACCACCCACACCGACAUCGCCCCGACCAUCUUCUCCAUCGCCAACAUCACCCUGCGCGACGACUUUGACGGGUCCCCCAUCCCCUUCUCCGAGGAGGGCAUCGCCAACGCCCAGAACGACCCCAAGCACGACCAUGUCAACGUCGAGUUCUGGGGCACCCAGCGGGGGUACGACGCCUUCGGCGGUGUUUCUGCCAACAACACGUACAAGGCCAUGCGCGUCCUCGGCGACGGCUACAGCCUGUUCUACUCGGUCUGGUGCAGCAACGAGCGCGAGUUUUACGACAUGAAGAAGGACCCAGGCCAGAUGACCAACCUCGCCGGCAGCGCGUCCGGGUCCGGCCGGCUCCUGGACCGCCCGCUGAGCGCCGUGCAGGACCGCCUCGACACGCUGCUGCUGGUCCUCAAGAGCUGCAAGGCCGAGACCUGCCGGCUCCCCUGGAAGCGCGUCCACCCGGAGGGCGGCGUCGAGAACCUCCGGGACGCGCUCGACGCAAAGUACGACGCCUUCUACGCGCGGCAGCCCAAGAUCUCCUUCUCGGACUGCAAGGACUUUUACGACAUCGCCGCCGAGGGCGCCCAGGACACGCUGGUUUACUACGACCCGAGGCUUGCUGCAACGGGAAAGCUUCAUGGUUCUGAGCCCACGGUGGUAUCCGAGGAGCUUUAA